AUGUUUCGUUUUUCAAUCAACGGAGCUUUUAGAUAUUUUCAUAAUUAUGGAGUUCGUGUUUCACGUCUUCAGCUGAAACAUACUAGCUCAAGUUUGAGCGAAUCUAAUCCAAUCACACGGGAUAGUUACUGGUUUAUAAGGAGCGAUUCCACCACCCCCUCUCUACAAAAAGAACCUUCUUUGCCGGAAAUAGUUUCUUUUGAUGAUUUUGGUGUACUUUCACUUGAUCGUUCGAAGUCGUCGGAGACUAUUAGUACACUGGGAGAAGCGUCUUUCAUUGACAACUUGUUAAGGAAUGAAACUUUCAAUGUUUAUGAUGGUUUUAUCCCGACAACAGUUGAUAUCAAAGAAAUGGGAGGCACUGGAGAAGUUUUGGAGCAAAUAGAGAUCGUUCUUUCUGAGGAGUUGAAUAUUACGGAUGAUGAAAAUGAAUUUUGUUCACUCGCUGAGAUUAAAUCUGCCAUCCACUUGAAAGACAUGCCUAAACUUCAACAUCUGCUGGCGAAAGCAUGGCCUUCUCCUCGAGAACUCGCUCCUUUUUUGAAUAAGUUGUUCGGCUUCAUAGUAAUUAAUUCUCCAACAACUUUGGAAGCUGUAGGAUAUUUUCAAAAGCUAGCUUCUCAAAACAAAAGAGCAUUUAUCAAAGAUGAGAUUGUAUUAGAAUUAGCAUUACGAGCAGUACAUGAAGAUGGCGUGGAAUGUGGAACAAAAAUCUUACAAGAUGUAAGACAGAUGUUUACUACUAAAGCCCCUAUGUCCUCAGCUGGAAAAGUUGAUCGAAAGCUAUUGAGCUUGUAUAGAGAAGCUUUUGAGAGAGGUUCUGUCCAGGAAGUCCAAAAACUUCACGACGUAGUUUCAACGAGAGGAUAUUCCAGCACAAGUGUUGGACAACUUCUACGAGCUGCUGCAGAAUCGUUCAAGAAAGAAAAAUUCGAUCUAGCAUUCACUAAUUGGUCUCGCUUGGCCUCAUGCUAUGGCGAUGUCACUGGGUCAGAAAAUAUUUUAGAAAUAGCUCUUAGUAAUCCUGAUGAGAAAGAAAGUGCCAAACAAAUCGGAACGAUUUUAAAGUUUACUAAGCUUCUGAAGCAUCCGUAUUCGAGCUUAGCCGAUCUCAUUUGUAUGUACGUACGGAAAGACGAAGUCGAAAAAGCAGAAGAUCUGAUGUCGAAGCUUUCCGUGUCCGGAAAACACUUUAAAGUUCCUCUCCAACAGUUUUCAUGUGAGACGAAUGGAUUGAAACAUAUCGAACAAUUUGCUCAAUUAGUAUCCACAUGUAUGUACGGAGAGAAGAACCGUGGAGGAGUUAAAAAGGAGAGAAAGAAGGACUCGAACCUGAACCCAGAACUUCUGAGAGUCAUUGAUUCUCAGUGCCGAACGUCUUUCACUAGAUUACCUAGGCAGUUCGAAAAAUUCAAAUAUGAUAAGAAAAAAAAACCAUGUCGUGUUGAUGAAGAACAACUAAACUCUCUCUCUAAAUGUAUACAAACAACUUGGCUCACUUUAGCAGAAUCAGAGAAAAACUACGAGUCUGCUCAGAGAAUGGUAUCCUGGUGUCUACAACAUCGUGUGGAAAUUUCUGAAAAUCUUUCAAAAAGGGUAUCUCAACUCAAGUAG